GUUUCAUUAUGAUUGGUCAGUCAUAGAUGAAACGGACCACGCAGGUUCAGCUGAGCAGGCAGGCUUGGAGAGUGUAAAUGAUUCUUACCGCCUCUUGGUUGUCAGUGUACACUUUCUACACACAUUACUUUAUGAUGACAGAACCCUCACAGAUCAAGCCCAUAGCAUAGCUACAAUGGUCCAUUUCAAGUCGGCCCGUUUGAAAAAAUGGCUUCAUCGAGACGGCAGAUCUCAAAAUACCGCUCCUCCACCCCACCAAGCGGAUCAUUGUACCAACCACUCUCCCGCUUCAGAAUAUGCGUCAGCUCCCUGUGCCAGCGAAUGUCAGUCCCGGCCACGGAAUCCACCUCCCUCGCAAGACCUAUGGAAGUCUGCCUUUGAUCUGCUGAGUCGAGAGGAACAAAAUGCUUUGCAAAUAAGCCUUGUUCCUUCCUCUACUACUGAUGCCCUCAACGAUGUCAUCGAGACCACCAAGGAAAAGUACGAGAUAUACCAAGAGAAAGGAGGCAUUAGAAUCCGGAAGUCAACGGGAGAAGAAAUCAACAUUCGAAAAAUUUCCAAAAAAAUCAUUAGUGCCACCCUCUCUUUCCAGGAGGUUAUCAGCGCAGGAGUAGCCUGUGACCCUACGGGUCAUGCCGCAAGCGCGUGGGCAAUAGUGUCACUCGGUCUGACUAUGGCAAAAAAUCAUUCUGACCGUCGAGAUGCCUUGUUCGAGUCCUCAGAGUACCUUGCGGAGGCUCUUGCGCGAUGCGCAUAUAUCGAAAAGAAGAUCUGUCACAAUCGAUCCGACGAAGACGACGUGGCAACGCAAGCCAUGGUUACACUCUAUAAAACAAUCCUUCAGUACGCAGCGAAAGUCAUGGCGAGCCACAAUAUGAGUACCAGGGGCAAGUUGCUCGACAGUGUUACAGCAACCACCGUCCAACAUAUCACGGAGCUUCGGUGCUCUAUUGAGAAGGAGGAACAAAAGCUAUUCCACUUUACUCAGUUGCAAUUACUUGAGGCAAUUGAGAAAAUCACAGUGUCCCUACAAAAGCAGAACGAGAAAGCUACUGAGGAAAUCCUGACUGCCAUCGAUGACAAACUAUCAAAAUCCCUCAACGCUCUGAACCUACGUUUCAGUCUACCUAUUGCUGAGAAUGCAUUCUGGAACUCAUACCAACACGAGGAUCUAUGCCUCGAAGAUACCAGAGUCCAGACUCGCUCCCAAAUAACACAAUGGGCAGACUCAGUUGAAAGCGAGUGUAUCUUCUGGUUGAAUGGCGGGGCGGGAACUGGAAAAUCCACUAUCGCUCGGACUGUUGCUCAGAGCUUCGAAACCAAGGGACAGCUAGGAGCCAGCUUCUUCUUUAAAAGAGGGGAACCCGACCGUUGCAAUGCAAAACGACUUAUACCUACCAUUACAAAGGAACUUAUCAAGCAAAACAAGGAUCUCGCGUCUGGUGUUCUGAAAGCGAUUGAGCAGGACCCACAGAUCGCCGCGAAAGACGUCACGGAACAAUUCAACAAGCUGCUUCUCGAACCCUUGAAAAGUGUUGCUAUGUACCAAAGUAGAACACUAGUGAUUGUGAUCGAUGCGUUGGACGAGUGUGAGAAUGAUAAAGAAAUUGAAAAGAUCCUUCAGUUUCUUCCGCGGGUACACCAGUCCAGUAACAUGAGACUGAAAAUUUUCCUAACGAGCCGGCCCGAGUUGCCACUCCGACGUUUCUUCGAGAAGGAAGGCUCUCAUCGACGCUUGGUCCUUGAAAAGGUUGCUGAGGAAGCCAUUAGAGAAGACAUCGUGCGGUUUCUAGAACACCGAUUCACAGAAAUCGGAGCACAAGCGAAUACCGGCAAAGACUGGCCGGGUAACGAUGUUGUUGAAGCUCUGGCGACCGUGUGUAUACCGUUGUUUAUUUCCGCCGCUACAAUCUGCCGAUUUGUCGAACAGCCAGGGGACGACCCAGUAGAACGCCUUGCUGAUAUUCUGAAUAACCAACACAGAUAUGUGACGAGAAUGGACAAAACAUAUGGCCCGAUCCUUGACCGGACACUUCAUGAACGGGACAAAAAUGACCAGGAGAAGCAAAUCACGCGGUUCAAGGGAAUAGUUGGUGUGAUUAUUCUCCUUUCAGCCCCUCUCACAAUCAGCGCGCUUUCCGAAUUUGUCGGCAUCGGCGCUAGAUCCGUCGAAUUCCAUUUGGAUUCGUUUCACUCGGUUCUGAGUAUACCUGACAAAAAAGAUCACCCAGUUCGUAUUCUGCAUCUGUCUUUUCGAGAAUAUCUCCUUACCACCCAAUCACGUUUUCAUGUGGACGCGGGGAUGAUGCAUAAUGACAUAACAUUGCAUUGCUUUCGCGUUAUGGGCAAGUAUCUCAAGCGCGAUAUCUGCAAACUGAAUAGCUUUUCGACCCGACGUGCAGACAUACGCAGUGAGACGACUAAACAAUACAUUCCAGAGGAACUCCGAUACUCAUGCCGCUACUGGAUGUUCCAUCUGACGCAAAGCAAGCCUUCUAUCCCCGAUGUGGAGAUCUUGUCAUUCCUAGAAAAACAUUUCCUUCACUGGUUAGAGGUGAUGAGCCUGAUGAGAGUGCUAUCAGAGACCCUUAAAAUGAUGGUCACACUGAAAGAAAGCAUUCAGAACAAUACGAAUCCGGGUCUUUCAAACUUUUUGUCCGAUGCUAUACAAUUCAUCCACCGACAUGCUCAAAUUACUAGCGUUGUUCCGCUUCAACUAUAUGCAUCAUGUUUGGUAUUCACGCCAACAUCGAGUUUGGUUAGAAGAGCAUCUGAAAACUACCAUUCGCCGUGGAUACAUGCGCUGCCACAGGUGGAGAUAUCUUGGGGCGCUAAUAGACAGACCCUAGAAGGCCAUUCUGGUUGGGUUUCAGCCGUGGCCUUCUCGCCCGAUGGCCAAACUAUCGCCUCAGGCUCCAGCGAUAAGACUAUCAAGCUCUGGAAUGCCGCGACGGGCGAGCUACAACAGACCCUAGAAGGCCAUUCAGGUCUGGUUUCAGCUAUAACCUUCUUACCCAAUAACCAAACUAUUACCUCAGGCUCCAGUGAUAAGACUAUUAAGCUCUAGAAUACCGCGACAGGCGAGCUACAAUAAAUCCUAAAAAACUAUUCAAAAUGGGUUUUAGUUGUGGCCUUCUCACCCAAUGGCUAAACUAUCACCUCAAGUUCCGACUAUAUAACUAUCAAGCUCUAGAAUACUACGACGGGCGAGCUAUAAUAGAUUUUAGAAGGCUAUUUAGGUUCAGUUUCAGCUGUGGCCUUCUUACUUGAUGAUUAAACUAUCGUCUC